AUGCAAUUUAAAACACAACAAUUGCUUAUAGAUCACCUGUAUGAUGUCUUGAAUUCAAAAAAGACUCAGAGUUCACAAAUUAAACCAAUUAAUGAAUCUGAGUCGAAGGAUGAUCAAAAUAAGAAACCGCAAAAAGAUAUUCAUCAAGAACAAUAUAAAUAUACUGAUGAAACGAUUCAAGAUGUCAAGAUAUUUAGAUGUCCAAUAUGUUCAUACUGCUUUAAGGAAUGGGAUUUCUAUGAAGCGCAUAUGAUGAAGAAGCAUAAUGUAUCUAAAGUAAAAGAAACUAGCAUGGUGCUGUUCAAACCUAACUGUACAUUCUGUCAUUUACAAUACUCAAAUUACAAAUCAUACAACACACAUUUACAUAAAAGACAUAAAAAUAAAAUUUUACAAAGAGUAAGAAAACAAAGCUCCAAUAAAAUCAACAAAGUUGUUGCAAAGAAGACUUUGUUUGAUUUUAAAAGUCAAGAUCAUAUAAGCCUUGAAGUGGACCCGAUAAAUGAUGAAAUGAGUUUCAAUAAUGAUAAAGAUAUAAGUGAAGAAAAGUUACAGUUAAGAACCAUUACAGCCAAUGUUAAAGUUGUGGCACACCAGACAAUUCUAUUUCAAUGUUCACAAUGUAAUAUACAUUUUCUGACAAAUGCUUCAGUAAAAGAUCACACAGAGCACUUAUCGUUGGAUGAUUCAGAGUGUACAAUUUGUGGAAGACUAUUCAAAAAUAAGGAUAUACAUCUUCAUAUGGAACAACAUAAAUAUUCAAACUAUAUAACAGUCAAUAUAUGUAAAGGUCAGGACACACAAGAGGUACAUAAAAGAAUACUCCAUAAGUGUCCAUCAUGUGCUGUACAUUUCAGUAAAGAAGGAAUUUUAAAACAUCACACAGUUUGUAAAAUGAGUCCAUCACAAUCAGCUUAUUGCAAAAUAUGUGAUAUUCUUAUAUCUGAGGAUAUUAAAACCUCACAUUACGAAGAACAUAACGAUCAGAAAUUAAAGCCUUCCGAUUAUGAGAUUGUUGAAUUUAAAAAACGAAAGAAAAGGACCUUUGUAAGAAGCCAUAAAAGAAGAAAAGGUGGUAUUCCGAAAUAUAUGUUCCAUCUGAUGCAGUGUAAAGUUUGUGAUUGUAACAUAUUAAGAGCUCAUUACAAAUCAGCAAUUCAUUUUCGCUCUCUUUGUGCUCAUUUAAUAAAAUAUGUCUGUAAAUAUUGUGGUCUGGUAUUUUCCAACAAAUCCAUCAACAGCCACAGAAAAUUACAUCAGAAGUGCAAAGAUCUGAGUAUCAGAGAUUUUACGUUUUACGAUUUGAAAACCGGCAAGAAGAUUUUACCAUCGAUACCGGUUUUUCCCAAAUGUGAUUCAUGCGAUAAACACUUUAUAACCAAGUUCGAAGUCAAGAGGCACGUUUGUAACCGUUAUAACUAUUUAAAUUGUCCAAAAUGUGAUAUGAAACUGUCACAAACUGCUUACGACUUACAUAUGCCGUUCCAUGAUUUGGUUUUGAGUAAUGAAGGACUAAUCCAAAACCCAACUAUUGAAGAAAAUCCACCAAGUUCGUGCAGUGUUUGUGGAAAAAAUAAGAUAAAUGCAGUAUUUUCUUGCAACAAUUGCAUUUUGGCUUUUAAUUCAUACGACGAAGCAAUCGAGCACUGCCACAUGCAUAGGGAUCUUAAUGAAAUCAUAAUUGACAAAAUUGAAUGUAGUAUAUGUGAUUUACAAUUUGAUAAAAAUCGUUAUGAUGAACACAAGAAAUUUCACGAAGACUUCCCAGACGCCGAGUGUAAUCACUACAAAAUGGACGUGUUUUAUUUUGGUUCUCACAAUGAUAAGUGGUUGAAACACGUAUUUGGUAUAGAUUGUUCACAGGAUACUGUUGACGAAAUACUCAAGAACUCGAUAUACCGUCAUGAAACAAGGGUGAAAAUGAGAUUAUUCCACCGUGGAUCUUCAGGUGUCAACGUGUAUAAAUGCGAGAAAUGCGAUAAUUAUAUCGAUAGUAACGGAAUUCACGAACAUUAUAUGGCUUGUGACCAGAAUAUUUCUACUAAUAAUGAACAUAACGAUAACUCAAAUAAUAGUAUCGUUAUUUUCAACGGAAAGGAAGACGAAGAUUACAAUAAGAAAAUUGCUAGUAUGAAGAAAUUUUAUGUUCUGUACGAAUGUAGAAUGUGUCACGUUGUGGUGAAUAGGAAAUGUGAGCAUGUUUGUGUUGUUGGUGAUUACAAAGACUGUGGAACUUGUGGACUUGUAUUCAAUGCACAUGAAUAUGAGGCUCACGUCGAGAAACAUAAACGUUUAAACAGUUUUAAGGAAAAUUUCAUGAAAGUUAUUCUACUCGAAGCCAAAGAGCAAAAGCCUCUGAAGUCCAAACACCAGGUCUCUAAAUUCUCUGGCAUGGUUUGUGAUUAUACGUUCUAUAAAUGUUUGAACUGUGAUGUGUGUGUACGGGAUUACAGGAGUACGUUUCAACACUACUGUCUCAUAGACGCUGCUAAAUCCAAAUGCAAUAUAUGUGAUUUAGUUUUCGACGAAGGAAAACUAAAAGGGCAUUUGAAACUCCACGAUACUGAUCCAUAUUUUGUAAGAGAUACUAUGUUUAUACAGAGUUUUAGUCCGAAAAAUUAUAUAAAAAACCACGUUGAAAGUAUUGUGGAUAAUGAAAUUAGUACCGUCGUCAGCGAUGACAGUGUUACCAGUUCAAAAAAUGAUUUUAAUACUCAUUCAGAAAGAAAAAUAAAUAUAUAUAAAUGUAAGUGUGGCUUACACUAUCUAUCGGAAGCAACAGCACAGACACACUUAAAGAAAUGCAAAGGUAAAAUUAAAUUAAAACAAAGUAAGCAGAACUGUUCUAAAUGCGGUCUCCACUUUUCACCCGACGUAUUAUUUAAGCAUCUUAUAGAACACCAUGGCAAGAAAGAUGUUACUUUCAAAUACGAAGUAAUACAGAUUACUGAACUAGUCGACACUAAGAUGAAAUCAUAA